AUGUGGUCGACUAAACUGACAGUAUUUGUCUCCUCUUCCUCUGCCAUUUAUUUAUUACUGGUGUGUCUCGUUGCCCCGACUACCGGAGCUACAGGAUUACAGUUCGACGUCGAUGUAACAAGUGGUGCUGACCCAGUUGUGGCGACGACGGAGGCCCAAGUUUGGCUGCGAGGCGACGUCAAUGGCGGUGCUGAUAAAUUCCUGUGCGACGCCACAAUUUUACGGGAGAAUUAUGUUGUAACGGCUGCCUUCUGUGUACAUCAGCGUGCGCGAGAUAACAUUAAAAUUGUGAUUUCACGAUCGGGGAAUGGAAUUUAUUAUGAUGUCGUUAAAGUUGUCUUUCAUCCACUGUUCAAUGCGAACACGCUGGCCAACGAUAUUGCCGUGAUACAAGUUGCGGAUCCAAUUACUUUCGUGCCAGGAAUAAUUGAGAAAGCCGAGCUACCUGGCACCGUGCUACGCGGGGGAAAUACCUUAACGAUGAGAGACGGCAUCCAAACAACAACAUUAACAAACUAUGAUUGUCAAUAUCAUGUUGGCUUAUCGCACGCUGGAUUAGUGAAAGAAACAAAUGUUUGUACGCUGGCAUGGGGCAACACUACAGUUGGUUACGGCAUCUUGCAUGAUAAAAUUAAUCUGUUGGCAAUGUAUUCGUGGAAAACGGCGGACGUCUACGUUCUGACACGCAUCGAAAAGUACAGAUUUUGGAUUUUAGCUGAAAUCACAAAAUAA